UUUUCUGCUCUGAGUGUUUGGUGCUAAAAUGGAGGCUGGCUCCUCUCCUUAGCCUGGGCUACCCUAUCCUUUCCUCUACCCCAGCCCCUAGAUGUUGACAUGUACUAGAGCUGCCAGUGCGAUGGUUCUGGAUGCACCAAACUCAAAUGGGCCUUUCCAGCCCGUGGCCCUCAUGCAUUUUAGAGGUGAGCAACGCUAGCUGGCUGGCUUUGUCUGCGUAUCGUGUGUGUGUGUGUGUGUGUGUGUGUGUUAGGGGGAGGUGGACAAGAAUGUUGCCAUUUACCAUCUGUAGCUUUUUAGUGUGCUUUGGCGAUAGAAACAGUUUGAGAGUAAAGCCUGCUUUAGGAGGCAGGGAAGGGUGUCUUUUGUUAUCUUUGUCUGGGCAGCUGGGGUGUAUUUGGAGCAGGAAAAGGAGGUUGUGUGUGUUUGUCCUAUGAAAACUAGGAUCGCUUAGUGAGAGCGAGCGAUGGGAGGGGGGCUAGUUUUACUGCCUUCUGCCUCUCCCAUCCCCCACCAAGACUGCUGAUGUCAAAGGAAGACUGCUGACGUCACAGCCGUGUGCAUGCGUUUGGUGUCGCCCUAAAGCGGCAGGGCCCUUUGGCUAUGUUCUGUCCCUCGCAGUGGAAAUGGUUUCUCUUUCAUACAUCCUCCUCAGUGUUACACCGCAGCUUUGAAGGAGAAAAUGAGUACAACAGCAGCAGACUAUGGUGAAAGUGUGGACGUGACUUGAAUUCAUUGAUGUCCUUUUGCUGCUGGGUUGAAUGUCUCAGAACACCAUCGAUAUCAACAUAAAUUGUCCCUGUUCAUUGUAGGCUAUACAUAAACAGAGAUACACACUGACUUGAAGUGUGCAUCUCUGUUCUCCUGUAAUCAUUUUUACUAGCACCAAGCUGUCAUGGUGAAUUAGGUUUUAGUCAACUGGGUUAUUUUUUUGCUUGGCCAGGAACACAGGGGAAGGAUAUAAAAUCACCCCAUCCUAUUUAUGAUGGGGGUGUUAAUAAUAUCUCAUUAUCGACAAUACGUUUGGUGUUUUCUGUUUUUGAAGAAACUAGUGUUUCCUGGUUGCAAUAUGAGUAAAUGUUUAUGGAAACUGUAUUAUGUGUUGAUGGGACAGUACACUAAUCUUGUUUUAUUAUGCAUAUAGAUUUUGCCAAGACAUCUGUGACCUGCUGCUGCAUAUUGAUAUCAUUACAUUUUUGGGGGGGCAAUGCAUUAUGCGUCAGCACUCGUUCAAAUAUCCAUAAAAGCUAAUGGCCACUGGCACUGUUGCGAGUAGUCUAGUGAGACACUGUAGUACUGACACUGCCGUUUUGGCUUUGAGGUAGGGACUUGUGUUAUUAUACCUAGCCAUGAGAAAUGCAUUUAUGCCAUUUAUUAGGCAUAUAAAUGAUGCAAACAUUCAAAGCAGUUGGUUUAGGGAGAGCAGUCCACACUUUCAGCUUGGUCUAAAGCAUUGAGAGUAGGCCCUUCUUGCCACACUACAGGGCUGUUGCAGAGACCCAGUUUAAGCUUACUACUGGACUUAAAAGCAUUUUCAACAGAGACUUUCCACCACAAGUGCCUUGGCUGAAUCUGGGUCUGUGCAACCACCCUUCAGAUGUGCUUGUGUUCACUGGGAGUUCUGAUGAAGCUGGUUCUAGAUCUCUGCCUUUUACACCCGUCGAGAAUGUUCAGAUGCUUUCUCUUAAACUGUAAAUGCCUGUGGGGGCAUAAAGGUCAUGAGCCCAUGCACGCACGCUGUGUGUGUGUCUGUCAGCUGUGUGUGACGCACGCCACAGCGCGUCCCUUAAUAUUUUAGGCGUGUUGAGAAACCCUUGUACUGUUGUAAGGGGAGCAGGGGUACGGUUGGCAUGGAGGAGAGGAUCAUGGGACACGCAUGUUAGAGCAACACCACGUGCCUCAACACACCUGAGACAGGCAUGUGCCACAGCAGGAGCAGCGUGGUGCAACAAGAGAUAGACAGGGACCUGUUAGAACAGGGCUGUCAGGUAGUGUCUUUUUACUUUGUGAAUAACACCGGUCUAAGGCCUAGUUUAGGUUGGUGCACUACUCAUAUUUCAUAUGCAAAUUAUUCCCUUUGAGUGAAAUGCUCAAGGUUUGCUGUGCUCGAUGAUCAACAGCCCUCGUCCCUGUUUGCGCAACCUUUUCUGUAGGAUUCUCUCUGGGGUUGCGUCCCAAAUAGGCUCUAGUCAAAAGUAGCCCAUUCCAUAGGGAAAAGGGUACAAUUUGGAACACUGCCUCUUGGUCAUGCUGUGGGAACUGGGAAAGGCUGAGAGUGCCAGGCAGUUUGUUGUUUCAAGACUACAUCAAGCUUGUGACUCUACAAACUCAUUGGAUGCAUUCGCAGUUUGUUUUGAUUGUGUUUUGAGUCAUGUUUUGCCCAAUAGGAACUGACCUUUAGGUUACUGGCCCAAUGCUCUUAACUGCUAGGCUACCUGAAGCCAGGGUCCCUCUGUAACUUUCUCACUCAUCACCAUUCACGAUUCAGUCAUGAUUAUCCGUAAUCAUGGUAGCAUCCACAUUCAUGCUUACUUACAAUAAAAGUGACUAAAAUGACACCAUUAUUUACCAUUCACUUCCUAUUGGACAAAAGAUAAUCUGAAACGGAACCAAAACUAGCUUUAAAUGCAUCCAACAAGUUUGUAGAGUCACAAGCUUGAUGUAGUUAGUCAUUGUGUGCAAGGAAUGUGGGACCAAAUAAUACACUUUUGACUACUUUAAUAAAGGUGAAAUGUUUCCAAAUACUUAUGAUAUCUUCAAAUGGGGGACUAGAUAUAUAAAGUGCUUUGGUUUCUAAACGGUAAAGCAGUUAUGUAUAAAAAUCCUAAAUGCUGGGUUUUUUAGAGCCAUAUUAAAAUAUUAGCGUCACUGUCCAAAUACAUACAUAGGGUAGUGUAGAUUCCUCCCUCAGCCUUGAUAUCCAUGAACUGCUUGUUUUGUGUGUGUGAGAAGCCUAAUGAACAGAACAGGGUUCCAUCUUGGAUAACUGUGUCAUGGCACUGUAUCGAACUCAAGACCGCAUUAUUAUUAUUAUUAUUAUUAUUAUAAUAAUAUGCCAUUUAGCAUAUGCUUUUAUCCAAAGCGACUUAUAGUCAUGCGUGCAUACUUUUUUGUGUGUGGGUGGUCCCGGGGAUCAAACCCACUACCUUGGCGUUACAAGCGCCGUGCUCUACCAGCUGAGCUACAGAGGACCAUUAUCCCUAUGAGCUAAAGCCAAGGCAUUUUAGUUAUGGGAGCUCAAAUGUAUCUUCAAGUCUCAGCUAGCCAGGCAUGGUUAGGCUACCCAUCAUGCGAGCGUAGUUUGGCCAAAAACUCACAAAAACAUAAACCAACAGCAAUACCCAGGGAAGAUAUCUGAGGGAUUAGAAUUGUAAUCUGGGGCCGUAUGUAUCAAGUGCUGAUCUAGCAUUGGGUCCCACUGUCCAUACAUUAUGAUCUAAAAGGCACAACUGAUCCUGGAUCAGCACUCCUACUCUGAGAUGCUUGAUACCUACAGCCCCUGGUCUCUCUCCUGUCUCAGUGGUGAUGUACAGAUAGAAGCAGUCAGGUACAGGUAGGUCAGUAAAGCACUAAGCUCCAGGAUCUAGGCCUACACUGAGACGUUGCAAAAAAAAAAAAAAUGAAAGGCAGUCAUUUCAUAAAGAAAAAAACAUUUGUGUACUUGAACAGGUUAAAGGCAACAUUCUGAGUGGUUUACCAGAAUGCACUGUCUGAGGCCACGAGAGACCCAUGUUAGACUGCAUCUGUCUCCUUUGCAGAUUGGAAUGGUUGUGUAGUGUAUGAGGCUGCUUUGUUCUAAACAUUGAUUUCUGUCCGGCUGUUUUGUGGUCUGUCAUCACAUGCGCAGUGCACACAAGGACAGAAGGCUGCUGCUCGGCAAUGAGUGUGCAAUAGCUAGCUAUCUACGCGAGUGAGCAUUCAUCCAGGAGACUGAUAAUGAGUGGUUAUUUGGAAGUUAAUGGUUUUAUGGUGGCUGUCACACUGUUCUCCUGGAGCAUGAUUGAAAGCAUUUACAUUUUGUAUUCGUUCAUUUACAUUUACAUUUUAGUCAUUUAGCAGACGCUCUUAUCCAGAGCGACUUACAGUUAGUGAGUGCAUACAUGAUUUUUUAAAUUUUUCAUACCCCGGUGGGAAUCGAACCCACAACCCUGGCGUUGCAAAUGCCAUGCUCUACCAACUGAGCUACAUCCCUGCCGGCCAUUCCCUCCCCUACCCUAGACGACGCUGGGCCAAUUGUGCGCCGCCCCAUGGGUCUCCCGGUCACGGCCGGCUACGACAGAGCCUGGAUUCGAACCAGGAUCUCUAGUGGCACAGCUAGCACUGCGAUGCAGUGCCUUAGACCACUGCGCCACUCGGGAAAACCACGUUCAGCAGGCACUGUUGUCAGGAGUGACUCAGUGUCUUAGACGGCUUUCUAUUAAACUAUCAAUCACUCAUUCCUGUUAUGUGCAUGUUAUUUUACACUUUUUUUAGGAAGCUGCUGCCCACCCUCCCCCUCCCUUCACAUUUCUUAUGUAUCUGCUGCUCAACCUCCCCCUUCACAUUUCUCUCUUUACUCACCCUCUUCUGAACCCUCAACCAAUUGGAUCAACAUGAUGAUGUAGCCUAUGUUUCUGCCUCAUAUUUCUGAACAGCAGAAAUAAAAACCCAGUGUCUAUUUGAGUUAACUUUCCAAAAAUAAAUGCAUUUUGUAGGGUGAUUUAGGCUACAACCUUCUGUCUGUUGUAACUAAGGCUAUUGCAGUAGCACAAGAAAGGCGAAGUCUACACAUUGCAUUGGGGCAAAACAAUAUGCGUUUUAACCACAAGUGUUGUAGAUUAGGGCUGGGAAUUGCCAGGGACCUCACGAUACGAUGUUAUCAUGAUACUAGGUUGCUUGUACAAUGUGUUGCGAUUCGCUACCACAAUUUUGUGUUUUGAUGUUCCAAACAUAUUGCUCUCAGUAUGUCUGCUGCAGAGAAAUGAGAGCAUAAGAACUAGUUUUGAUCAGUCAGGGAAAUAAAAGUGCUGAAAACAACAUGUUGGCUCACAAUUUAAAAAGGUGGAGAACAAGCUAUAGGAUGAAAAAUACCAGAGUUGUGGUGCAGGUACAGCUGACUAGCGCUAGCUAAUGCUACCUACAGUAGAAUGAUUCUUAUUUUUAUUUUUUUAUCGUUACUUGGAGUCAAAUCAUUAUAAUAUUGUCCCAAAAUAAUAUCACGAUAUGUAACUAGCGAUUACAUUUUUUCCCCAUCGCUAUUUUAUAUUUGUGAUGUGAUCUGUAUACACCCUUUCAACUGUCAAAACAAUAACACGUUCUAUACGCAUGCACAACGAAGAGGUUCCCCAGUAAACAUCCGGCCCUCCAGCGUGCCAUAAUUGCUAGAUAGCUAGUUGGCUAGCUAGCAAAAAAGUUUGAUACGAACGACUUAUAUAAACACAUUGACUUGAUACCAGAUCCACUAAACAAAAUCAGAUAACGUUUAUUUCACGUAUAUUCUCUGUUUGCGAUGGUGUUGCAUUUGGUUAGCACAGCAAAUAACACCACAGAGCUAGUGUGACGUGAAGGUAGAGCCAGCAGUGUAACUGUAGCUAGCAUUAUGAGUCCAGUGUUUGACGGCCACAUUGUUUACAUCAAAAGUUAACGAGCAGCAGUAAAUACCCCACUAUCAACCCCUCAUCAAUCUGUCACUCAGCUCUUCGUCUGCUUCCUCCAAAACGCAACUAUAUUUUACCCAGAUGUUUUUCCCACUUAGUUUCUAUUAACACUAGAAAAGCCUGGCCUCUGUCAGUGUUGCCAACUCCUCAGUAAGGAAAGUAGCUAUUGGCUGUCCUAAAAGUCGCUAGAAAUCGCUAAAUGACGUCAUCACCUAAUUUGCAUAAUUGGCCAUGUGCAUGUAAUUGUGAUGGACGCUGUAGGAGAGAGGAAUAAUGUCGUGGGAGAGACAACGUGAGUAAAAAAACACCCUACAUUUACAUCCCGCCCUGAAUGUAAGCCAGGGCGGGAUCAGCCAGCGGCGGCUUCCCGCAUGCGUGAUUCAUUUGUAGUCUGGACGCGGAGGUGUGAACAUCUCCUGCUCUGACUGCAGCUGGGACGGACUGCUGCGUGAGGACUGGGCCACCUGUGAGUGCUUUGGGACGGGGGUAACAAAGCACCCGCUGCUCGUUGAGAAGAGUAAGAACGAUACGUGCUUUCACGUCAGUCUCCAAUAACACCAGAAAGUCACUAGUCGCUUUUUUGAAAAUGUGUCGCUAGAGGGGUCUGAACUCGCUAAAUAUAGCGACAGUCGCUAAAUUGGCAACACUGCUCUUUGUGUAUUAUCGACCACCUUAUGAGACCUAGCUAGUGGUUUGUUUACAGUAAAGCUAGACUAUACAGAUGCUAGCACUGACACUUUGUGGUGAUCAUUUUGAACUGCAUAUCAUAACACCAGGAUGGUACAUAACAUUACGUUUAUUUGAAGCAACAUUUGGCGAUUGUAUAUAGAAAUUAAAUCCAAUUCACCUUAAAAUAUUCCUUUCUGUGCACACCCUCAUGAUUGUGGUAUUUGCUAAUAAUGUCUCUCUCCUGUGCGUGUCAUCCUUAAGGCCUACAGUCAUUACGAGGGUAGGGCUAGCUGCAGAUUGUAACAGAGUCUCAAUGUCUGUGUCCAGUUGAAUUUAGAAAAUGCUCUGUUAUAAAAUGUAUUUGUUUUUGCACCGUGAAGUAAUCCAACAAUGUAUACGCCGCAAUCUUGUCUAUUUCAAAUUUUCUCUCAUUGAUCGAGACCUGUGGGUCCACCCCAAAGUGCCGCAUUUCAUGACACUCACCUGUCUCUUACAAUGAGAGAAGAUUUGAAAUAGACAAGAUGGCGGCUUACACAUUGUUGGAUUACUUCAUGGAGCAAAAUAUUUAUUUAUUUUAGUAGCAGAGCAUUUUCUAAGUUCAAAUGGGCCCCCUGCAACUGGACAUGGACAUUGAGACUCCUGUUUCGUGAAAUAAGAUGGUAUCGGCAAUACAAGGUUAGUUAAAUCUCUGGCAACGUUUUGUAUAGGCAAACCUGUAACUCCCAGUAUAAUGGCGACCAACGUUUUUGGGUUAAAUCAGAUCUGGUGUUACAAUCUGUAGCUAGGGUAGGGCUUGCACUAAUACAUUUCAUGACUGCAUGUAGAGUAGUUGUAGAAGUCAAAUCUGGUAUCCUUCAACAUGGUUAGCCUCAUUAAUUGUCUAAUGAAAAAGGAAAAAACCCCACACUCAUCUUACCAGUAUGAGCCUUUUCUUUAUCAUCAAAUGAUUCCCACACAAGUUACCUCAGAUGUGAGUGCUUUUACUACUUCUAAUAGUAUCAUUUCAAAUGGAGAACUUGUCAAAUAAAUGUAAACAAUGUGUGAGAAUUGACUAAUCCUGUUUCAGUAUGGAAAUGACAAGCCACAUGCAUUGGACAUGCCCACAAGGCCAAUACUAAUCCCAUCAUAUGUCUGAAUUGGGCAUGCAUGCCAUAAAUCAUCUCUCAUCCACUGUAAGCAAUGGAACCAAAAGGGUAGUGCAUGGAUAGUGGUGGCAAGAGAGAAAUACCCUGGAGAGUGACCACAGUGAAGGGUCACUUUUACAGCAGCUCACCUCCGCUACAGUCCUUAACCUUUCACCACCUCCUAAGCCGCCGACAGUAUAACUCAGCCACCGACUGUGAUCUGAGUCAAUGUAGCAGAAUUAAAUAUACCCGCAAAAUUAAUUGUUGGAGCUAGAUUUACUCCGUUCAGUCUGCUCUGCUGGCUGCUGAGGUUGAUGCGGAGAAGGAGGAAGUGAGUGUAGUAGAGGGGUAAGUGUGUAGCACGUGAGCUAGUUUACAGGUGAGUGCUAGGCUCUUUCUCUAUUCGUCCUUCCUCGAUUCCUUGCCGCCGCCUCCUCAACCCAUUGUAGAAGAAAGUCAGAGGGGAGGAACCUUUUACCUUCUCCUCCAAUACAGUUGUGAUACAAUACAGGUGAGGAAUCAAGGAAAGACAAAGUGAGACAAAGCCCUAGUAGCCAUCGUGUGGGGAUGUCACCCGCCCUGAGACCUAAAGUACUGUUAUCCUAGCCCAACCAAGAUCAUUGUUUUGGUAGGAUAAUGGAUGCUGCUUUUUGGGUGUUAUCCUAGCCCAACCAAGAUCAUGAAUUUGGUAGAAUAAUGGACGCUGCUUUGCGGGUGUUAUCCUAGCCCAACCAAGAUCAUGAAUUUGGUAGGAUAAUGGACGCUGCUUUGCGGGUAUAAAGUGCUGUUGUGGACAGGGGUUGCAUCCCAGGUCAGCCAUACAGGGAUUGUUACACCCACACCAAUGAUCAAGGAGAUUAGCUGCACAUCUGUGCAAUAUCAUCAGAUAAAAUGAGUGACAACCAAAUUAAACCGACAAACAGGGAAUGUUAAUUGACCAUAAAAUACACUAUACUUAAUUCAAAGAAUCAACACUUUAUUUCAUAUAAUGCAAAGAACACCUAUGUAAAUGGUUAGUUGGUUUAUACAUCACCUUACUCCAAAACAAGAUAAUUUUAAUAGUUAAAUUCUCUUUUACAAUUAAUAAGCAGAAUGUCAGGUGUUAGGGCUGGGCUGGAACAGAAACCUGCACACCCAGUAUCUAGAUCUCUAGGAGCAAGGUAGGCCAUGAAUGUUCUAAGCCUAAGCAUUGUUACUUUAACAGUUCUUGUAUUCCUACAACAAAUUCUAACAGUAAACCAGUAGCAUAUAACCCAUUGGAGAUCUAGCCUUCUUGUCUCUUCAGGACUUGGGACUUUCAUUGGGACCUUCAUCCGCAGACAGGGUUUAGCAGCUUUCACAGGUCUCUGUACUGAGGUUAAGAAACACAGAAAUUAGACUGGAACUUGCUUUAUUAUUCUCAAGUGAGAUAUAUGUAUAUAAUGUAAUGUAAUGUAUGUAUGUAUUGUUGAUAUUUCGCAAUAUUUUUUGUGUUAUAUCUUUGGGACUGGAAAUGUGUUAAUUAUCUAGCUUAGCUACUAGCUAGGUAGUUAAUAUUGUUUUUAGCAUAUAAAGCUGUUUGUCAUUAACUAAUAUUGGAUGGCUGUCUAUCCUAUUUAUAUGUAGCUAGCUAAUGUUACCUAGAAUAGAUGGUUAACUUGAUAAAGAACUUACCUGUUUGCUACAAGUCAUCCUGGCGCCGCCGCCUCCUGCUGCUAACGUUACUAUCCAAUGGAGGCACUACAUCCUGCUGCGAUGCUUCUUUGGGAAAUCUAUCAACUUUAAUUUUGAAAAAAUAGAUUCCUUCCCGGUCGUAAGGACCAUCCCACCCGUGAAUAAUAUGGUCAAAUGCAAAUGUUGUCCUUGAAAACAACUAGACUAAGUUAGCUAGCUGUUUACAGCCGCGAUGGAACAGCUGUUGUUUACAGACCGGAAGUUCUUUGGGUUCCAGGGAUCACUUCCGCUCCUCCUCAAAAAGCAAUUAAAAAAGGUGUACAGUUAUGCUGCCAUAUCGUGGCCUUAGCUGCUGAAAAAUAACACUUACUUUGACUGCUUGUCUGCCCCCUGCUUUGACAAUGUUUACAAUGAUGGUGAAAAAAGAACAUUGCUAUUUAGACUACCUGUCUGUCUUUCUUGUGUUUUGAUAUGCUGCCUUUAGCUUGCCUAAAUAGCUGCAUGUGCUCCCUCCUGAAAAAAGAAGGGUCCAGGAAAAGUUGGAUCCGCAGCCACUCCGUUUGGUUAUUUAGCCUACAGCUUUAGCUGCAAAUGUGUUUUUCCGGCAUAUUUUGUCAAGCAGUGAAAAGGAAUUUCCCUCGUGAGGGGAGGACAACGUAUGAAUCUGACUCUCUCUUUCUCUCUCUCCUCCCAGAUGUCCCUCCGGCAGAGCAGGAGAAGCUGUUUGUCCAGAAGCUGCGUCAGUGCUGUGUCCUGUUUGACUUUUUGUCGGAUCCUCUGAGCGACCUGAAAUGGAAGGAGGUGAAGCGGGCGGCGCUCAGCGAGAUGGUGGAGUACAUCACCCACAACCGGAACGUCAUCACAGAGCCCAUCUACCCAGAGGUGGUGCACGUGGUCAGUAGACAGUCACAGUGGACAAGGCCUUGCCUCAUGCACUUACAAAUGCCUAUCAUGCCGUUUGUUUCUCCUUCCAUGCUGAUUGUGUGGUGAACAUAGGACUAAUCAAGACGACAUUGAUACUGUCCUCAUACACUUGCUUUUAAUGUUCACCAGAGACAACCCAGUGUUUCCCCUAGAGGUCUUGUCCUGGGUCGGGUGGAGGUAGACCUAUAAGCCCCUCAUACAAACAAAUAUUUUGUGCAUGGUUCUCUGCCUUUAUUGACAUCAUAACCCUGCCAUCCUCAAACAAUCACAAAAGCCAUAAACCAUUUCAAUCAAUUGAGAGAAGCUUUCAAAUCCCACAAAGUUUCCACAUUUCUGUUGUUUUUUUUGUCGGUUGCCUGUGGCAGAUUAUUUCAGUUCUAGUUAAUGUUGUAUUUUAGUUCCUGAGGCAUAGGCACUCCCCAUUCCUUAUCAGAUUAACUAUGUGUGAACCCAGGGCAUAAUGCAACUGCUUAAAAAAAAGAAGUGUUUUAUUUAACGAGACAAGUCAGUUAAGAACAGAUUCUUCAUGAUAUUAUUAUUAGUCAUUUAGCAGACGCUCUUAUCCAGAGCAACUUACAGCUAGUGAGUGCAUACAUUUAUUUUAUUUUAUUUCCAAUGACGGCCUACCCCGGCCAAACCCAGACGACGCUGGGCCAAUUGUGCGUCUCCAUUUGGGACUCCCAAUCACGGCCUGUGAUACAGCCUGGAAUCGAACCAGGGUCUGUAGUGAGGCCUCUAGCACUGAGAUGCAGCGCCUCAGACAGCUGCGCCACUCGGGAGCCCCUAAAUGUAAAUUAGUCCAUGCUUUAAGGCAUCCGCAUGCUUCCCAGCCGAAACAGUUCACAAGAGUUUGUGCAUAUAUUAUGGAUACUUUUGUUUUUGUUUGUUUUUGGACUUCGGUGAGGGUUUUUUCGGCUGUUCGGGCACACAAGCCGAGGUUCGGAGCCUUCGUCGGUGAUUGGUCAAAAGUAGGGAUUCUUCAAAGUCUUUGUUGUCAUUCAAUGAGAGACAACCUUGUUUUCAUGCAACAUAUUUCAUUGAGAAAUACUGCACCAAACAUCUUAGUUGGAUGUAAAAUUGCGCGAUUAAAAUCCACUUGGCAAAAAUGUUAAUUACAGAUUUCUUGAGUUAUCGUAGAUUAAUACUGACUAUUUUGAGGAAGUGCAUACUGGCUACGGUGUCUCAGAAUGGACAAACAGUAGUAUUGCUGCUUUUUUCUAGUUUUUCAAGGCAAGGUCUUUUUAAGGGAGUAUACGAGCACGCUCGUUCGGUUCACCUAGCCGACUUCGGCCAGCCGAACUGAAGCGUACUGACGCCUUUACAUUCACCGGACUUAAAUCUUAUUGGUUAGCAGUAGGCCUGUUCUCUACCAGUAUUAGCUUGCUAGCUGUUAUCAGCCAAAGGCUAGCACUGUGGGCUCAAUCUGUUUUAGGCCACAUAGUUGACUAAAAAUCUAAUUGGUGUUCAUCAUCAUCGGUUCACCUACCUCUAUAACAGUCUCCACGUUGUCCCCUCAGUUCAGCCCUGGUUAGCAGGUCAGGCAGCCUACUAGCUGUAGCUGAGUGAAUGAAAUACUGGGUCUGUGUAGUAGUCUAAAUGUAAACGAGUCCAUUGUGGACAUGGCUGCAGAUGUGGUGCUGCCUGCCAGCCAGGUCUGAAUGAAAGCCUUUGAUGUUUAUCAAAGCAGGCCUCAAUGCUACGCAGGAAACCGAGGAUGAUCGAGGUGCAAAUGUCCCCCUAUUCUCCUGAUCCUGCCUCUAUUUGAUCAGUGCAGCAGAAAAUGCAAGGCUGCUGCCAAAUCCGCAUAAAAAUAUGUUAUUGGUUUACUUUAGUUCUCCCCUUCCUGCCCCCUUCACUUUGAAGUGUUCACUGCUUUUAACAUCAAAGUAUGGAGAGAGAUGGACAAAGUGCACUGUAAAGGGUGUAUUCUUUAUGGUUAUAAUAGGCCACGACGGACGGCUCUUUGAUAAGUGCACUAUUGUUACAGACGUAUCGGCUUCAGAUUGGUAAAGCGCUCCCUGUUCAUAUGACUUGGUGGUCCAUUAGACUGACAGUUACACACUUUGGGGGGGGGGGUAAAAUGGUUUCUCGGAACGUAAACAUUGACAAGCGAGUGCAUGUUGACCUCUGCCUGCUGGGGGUGUGGAGGGAUGGAGUGUUCGGAGAGGUGAGAAAAGGCUGUGAGAUAUAGAGAGAUGAGAAAAAUAGUAGACUAAGCUUCGACCUACGUCUACUCUGACAGACGGAGUGAUGAAAAGAGAGAUGUCUGCUGCUUUAUUGGUUGUGGGAGAUGGACAUAGUGGUGAAAAGAAAGCAAUUAUCUAGGCUACUUGUUUUGUUUACAGAGAUGGAGAGAGAGGCCUUGUAAAUGUCAUCUUAAAGGUCCUGUCAUUCUUUCCUCUACUCUCUAGUCUGCAGCAGUAGUGGGUUUUGCUUCGUCUUUUGGCUGCAUUGACAGAAAAGGUUUUGAAAUGUAAAAAUGAUUACAUAAAUGAACAAGAAGAAACAGGCUGAUGGGUGAAGAGGUCAGAUGAACAUCUGUACCGUUAUCUUCUAUUUAGUUUGAUACACAAUACACAUUAAUCAAAAGGUCCGUUUUUAUGUCAAUGUGAAAGUGCCAGAGUUUGUUAUAAAGCUGAUCUUUGACACCUGUCGGUGAUAGCUCUGAUGGUAGUAAUAUGUGGUGUUCUGUUUAGUGACCUGUCUCUGUCCUUCAGUUUGCAGUGAACAUGUUCAGGACGUUGCCUCCAUCAUCCAACCCCACAGGGGCUGAGUUUGACCCGGAGGAGGAUGAGCCCACGCUAGAGGCCGCGUGGCCACACCUACAGGUACACACACACACACACACACACACACACACACACACACGUACAUGAAUGAACGCACACUGUUUCAUACCACUGAUGUGUACGUCUCUGCUCCUCUUUCUCCAGCUCGUCUAUGAGUUCUUCCUCCGGUUUCUAGAGUCUCCAGACUUUCAACCAAAUGUAGCCAAGAAGUAUAUCGACCAGAAAUUUGUAAUGCAGGUAAGCACUGGUCCUUUCUUACUGGAAGUAAAGCAACAUGGGUUGUGUGUCUGUGUGGGACUGUCUGUGAGUGUGUUUUUCUCUGUGUGUGUGUGUGUGUUUUGUGAACAAGUGUUGUAAGGUCACUGUGUUGUCUCCAUAGCUAUUGGACCUGUUUGACAGUGAAGACCCCAGGGAAAGGGACUUUCUAAAGACAACUCUGCAUCGCAUCUACGGCAAGUUCCUGGGCCUGAGAGCGUACAUCAGGAAACAGAUAAAUAACAUAUUUUAUAGGUGAGUAAAUGGCCCUAAUACGGCACUGUAGUCAUAUGUUGAGUCGUGUCAUCAUCGGAGACACUUGACAUGACGAGUGGCAAUGUUUUUAAAUGACCAUUCAUUUCACUGGUCUGUUUCGCUUGGUCUUUUGUCAUUUUAAUUGAGAACUGUCAAUUCUUUGCAGCUUCAUUUAUGAAACGGAACAUCAUAACGGAAUAGCAGAGUUAUUGGAAAUAUUAGGGAGGUAUGUCAAAUUGUAAUUAUUUCCAAUAGUUUUUGUGCCUACAUUGUUUUGCUGAUCACCUGUAUUAUAUUGCUGAUCACAACCUUUUCUCUUUCUGUCUGUUUGCAGCAUAAUCAAUGGGUUUGCCUUACCGUUGAAAGAGGAGCACAAGAUAUUCCUGUUGAAAGUGUUGCUGCCUUUACACAAAGUCAAGUCCCUUAGUGUCUAUCACCCACAGGUAUAGUGUCUAGCCCCAUCUCUUAACCCUCCCUUUGGUGUAAACACGUUACUGUUAAAGAAGCCUUAGGCCUACUUUAGAAGAAACCUUUUGAUAUAGGCCUACAGUGUUAUAGGUUGUAAUACAUGUUAAUUCCAGUUGUAGUAAGCGUUGUUGACAUAAUAGUUGUAGUUAAUAUGCUCUUUUGUGUGUCUCUCUUUCUAGCUGGCGUACUGCGUGGUGCAGUUUCUAGAGAAGGACAGCACCCUCACAGAACCGGUAAGACAUCUUCCAGUUCGCUGGGCAAAUAUCACCAGUCCCAAUGUGUGAGAUUAGUACAUUGCUCCAAUGCUGGUUCAGUGUUAAUGUGCGAACCGUCUUCAUAGACUGUGAUGGCUCUGUUAAAAUACUGGCCAAAGACCCACAGCUCUGUGUGCGACUAGUUAGUGCUGUGUUAAUGUAUGGCUCUACUCUUCUCUCCUACAGACAGUGAUGGCUCUGUUGAAGUACUGGCCAAAGACCCACAGUCCAAAGGAGGUGAUGUUCCUCAACGAGCUGGAGGAGAUUUUGGACGUCAUCGAACCCUCUGAGUUCGUGAAGGUCAUGGAGCCCCUCUUCAGACAGCUGGCCAAGUGUGUGUCCAGCCCGCACUUCCAGGUGUGUUUUGUGUUGUUUGCUCAGGUAGUGUGUUGCCCGUGUGUUAGUGGUUAUCUGUGCUAAGACGUUACCUGACCAAGCAUCCCUCGUGUGUCAGGUGGCAGAGAGAGCGCUGUAUUACUGGAACAACGAGUACAUCAUGAGUCUGAUCAGUGACAAUGCCGCCAGGAUCCUCCCUAUCAUGUUCCCCUCGCUCUACCGCAAUUCCAAGACCCACUGGAACAAGUGAGUCACUCUGCUAACAACUAACUACCACUAUGGUGCUGCCUCUCUUUCUGGGUCUCCGUUUACUGCCCUAUGAUAGGGAAGUGAACAACAUAUGUUUUAUUGUUACGCAUUCCUGGGUUCAUACGUAUUUGUGAGCGUGUCUCUUUGCGUGUCUGUGUGUACAGGACGAUCCACGGUCUGAUCUACAACGCCCUGAAGCUCUUCAUGGAGAUGAACCAGAAGCUAUUUGACGACUGCACACAGCAGUUCAGAGCAGAGAAGAACAAGUAAGAAGCCUUAACUUAUACACACCUUUCUCAUAACUAUUCAUUUAUUCACAACGUCCACCCCACGUGUUGCCCAUGACUCUGAAAUGACUGUUGUUCCCCUGUCGUCGUGUGUGCGUAGAGAGAAGGCCAAGUGGAAAGAGCGAGAAGAAGCGUGGGUGAAGAUCGAGAAUCUGGCCAAGUCCAACCCUCAGGUGAGCACGAAGAGUCGCUAUUUGUCUCUGUGCGUGUUACUUCAGCCCCGGUGUCUAUUCCUCUCUCAACCCAGUAGUCCAGCACCUAGUCCCCCACCACACCACAGGACAGAACAGCCCAGGCAGCAACAGAUAAAUAGAUGUACUCUAUGGCUGUACUCUGUGUAUGGCUCAGAGGCCAAAAACCUCCCAGCAGAACCUGACACACAGCCAAGGCUGGAAAUCCUCUCUGACACAUCAUCAUAUAUUUUGACCAAAUGAUCUAAAAAGGUAUAUCAUUAUCUUUGGUUCUGGGAGUCCCUCAUCACUCUCUUGCUGGGUGUACUUACUGAUAUCUCAUUAUAAUCCUUCCCGCUUUCUCUCUCCUUGUUUAGUUCCUGGUGUAUGUGGACCCGUCAGGCCUGGGUAGUCCCAUGGAGACAGACGGACCAAUGACGAUGGAGGACUUCAACAUGCUGAAGAGGACUAUAGAGGAUGAGGCCACACAGGUACUGUGGGUUUGGAACAGUGUGUGUGUGUGUUCCUUUCCUCUGUCCUCCUCCAUGCUGUUACUCAGUGCAUUGCAUUAGUGUGUGUGUUCACGUGAAUGUCCAGAGCACAGUGUCUCCCUCACUGUAUGAAAUGUAGCACCAGUGUGACAUUUAGUAGAACUCAUCUUGUGGGCCAUCUCACACCUUGUUGCAGUUUUAAAUGGGUGGAGAGACGGGAUAUGUGUAUGAGCAGUGUAGCACGGGUAGCAUGGGCCCUGGUCAAAAGUAGUUCACUACAUGGGGAAUAGUUUGCAAUUUGGGACGCAAUCUAGGUUGUAGGUGAAGAACAAGGUCAGGGAGAGGGCUGUGAGUGACGCACUUAUUGACAGGAUCAGAUAUAGGCAAGCUCACAUUUCAAAGGCAGCGGAGAGCUGACAUUAAUGAAUGCUACACCGUACUGUAGUGUACUCCCUACAGCAGUGGUUUUCAACCUGUGGUCUGUGGGUGUAUUGCAAGUGGGCCACACAUAUAUUUUAAUUUAUGUAUUUGACGUUUUUUCUUCCAAAAUAAUGUUUGGAGUAUUAAUAGUAUUAUAAGCAAUUUUUCAUAACUUAUCACAAUGCACAUUGUUUAUUAUAAUAAUUAUAAUAAUAAUAAUAAUAGGCCUUUAAUUUGUUUUAAUUCACCUCUAAAAUUUACUAAAUUUUCCUGCCAAGAUAUUUUAUUGAAAAAUGAAAAUGUGACUGCGAGUGAUUGUCCUCGAGAGCUUUUGACAGUGAUUUGGUAGUCCCCGGAAAAGGUUGGGAACCGCUGCCCUACAAUGCACAGCAUAGUGUACACUUCAUGCAAGACUACUACAUGUCUAGGAGGGUUUCGUGAUCGCUGAUGGAUUGGGCUGAGUUAGCGAUACAAUAUGAAGCACUUUGAGUUGAGAUCUAGUCAAGGCGUGAUGGACCUAGUGAAAUGUGCUAUUUUUCUAUUUUAGCGGCACUGAGUAGUAUGAAGGACUAGAGAAUGUUUGUUUCAGGGGGUGAACUCACUCUGGAUGUGUAACCGUUCCCUUGUCUCUUGGUGCAGAGGAACCUGUAUGGGUGUGGGAUCAGUCCAAUGCUUUGAUUACACCAGGCACUAUCUCUAACGAUAAACUACCGGAGAUCAUUCGUUUUCAAUGGGGGGAGGAGACACGAGGAUACAUUCAGCAACUUAAUGGUCGGCAACUAAGAAUCCCACGUUUAUGCAAAUUAGCAGCGACCAAUAACCAAUCAGAGGAGGGUCUCGCUAGCUAGCUUCGACACCGUGCUGGAUAGGCUAACAGCCAACGUGAAGUUGUGGUUGCUAUUUUGAGAAUACACCCAAAAAUGGGAGAGCUUGGCAAUUUCUUACAAUGUUGUAGCUUUUGGUAUGAAUGGACUAUGCGUAACUGUUCUCCCUCUGUUCCUGCCUGUCCCCGAUAGCUCCAGAGAAACGAGCGUAAGGAGCGUCCGCUGGUCAGGAGGAAGUCUGAGCUGCCUCAGGACAUUUCCACCGUCAAAGCCCUGGAGACGCACCGGAGGGCCGAGGACAUG